UGAAUGUGUAGAAAUUCCGUAAAGUCAGCGGUUGAUAAAAUUUUAGAAAGGCAUAAAAUCGAAUUAGCUAAGACCGGUUUGACAUUUAAGGCAUAAGAAAGGAGUUGUGUUCUGUUGUGUUGAGUUGUAUUCUAAAUGAUGACCCAAACUGCUGAGAUAAAAUCUUACAAUCUUCGUUUUGUUUUUUGUAAGAGAGCUGAGAUUGGCCUAAGCUCAAGUAGGGAGUCUUAGAUUAACAAGCUUGGGAUCAAGGAGGGCCAAGAAAGGAUAGCCUAAACAGAGAAUUAAGGUGAACCCCUUACGAGAAUAUUGCAUAGACUUAACACAAUAUAUGGUGGAUUUCACAAACGAACAACCUUCAACGUAUUCCACGUUUAAACGAAUUGUGAUAUUUCUAUUUAGUAUAAGUGACGUUUUUGCAUUUUCUGCGUUAAUCCAGAGAAAGUUCUAAUCGGUCAAGUUGGACGUUGCAAGAGGUGGAGCUUUCGAGUAGGCUAUCUGCUAGCGGCAAUCUGACAGAGGAGGGUGUAAUAAAUGAAGACUGUUGCAAUUGGAUUCAAAAAGCAAGUAGAAUCAACAAGAAGGAGGUGUUAUAUGAAAGGAUAAGCCUGUUAUCCAUGGGAUUUCUAUGAUAAGUGCUUGAUUAAAUACAACAUAGCGGAGAAAAUCAAGUUUGUCAGUUGCAGAACCUGUAAUUUGCUUCAAUCAAAGAGGUGAAAAGCGACCACUUUUAUUGAUUAAACCUCGGAGAAUUGUUAUUAAGCACAAACAAAAUUCAAAGCGUGACUAUAUAUAACGACAACGUCGAAAGAAUUCAGUUUGAUUAAAAUCGCUCAAAUGAGCGUUUUAGUUUGUGUGGCAGUUGAAAACCCAAUCUAAAGCAACAAUUUGGAUUAAUUUUUGAGUAUCUCUUCGGUCAUCAAGAUGGGGCUUGGGAACUGUUACAACUGCAUCCGCUACAUGGUCUUCAUCUUCAACUUUGCAUUUUGGCUGCUGGGGUGUGCCGUUCUUGCGGUGGGAAUAUGGGUUUGUGUCGACCCUAAGUUUAACCAAUAUGUCACCAACGCAGCGACGUUCCAGUCACUCUUCCACGGGGCUUACAUAUUGAUUGCCGUGGGUCUUAUGAUGAUGCUCCUGGGUUUCUUGGGAUGUUUUGGUGCUGUGAGGGAGAGUCAAGUAUUAUUAGGAGCGUUUUUUGGAGGACUGUGUUUCAUUUUCUUGGCCCUUGUUGCUGUUGGAAUCUGGGGGCUUGUAACGAAGGGAUCUCUGAGGGAGUUAGUUGGUGAUACUCUAGAAAAUGCCGUUGAGAACUAUCACAAUAACAACACAGUGGCUGGUAAAGCUGCCCGGAUCCUCAUGGACAAUGUACAGCCAAAUUUCCUAUGUUGCGGUGCUUAUAAAGGAUUGAAGGACUAUAAAAGCCUUGGUUCACCAUCUUGUAAACCACCUACGUAUAAGAAGCCAUGUUAUAUCGAGCUGAUGUGGUACUUGAAUGAAAAUAUUGUUAUAAUGGCUGCUGUAGGAAUAACCAUAGGUAUCCUAAUGUUGUUGGGAAUGGCAUUCUCCAUGAUGCUAUGUUGUGCUAUUCGAGAGGGAACUGCUGUUUAAAGCUAUCUUAUUGGAAGGGAACAACAUUUUCUAAUCGCUAUAGAUGUCCAACAAUCACAAAAACGAUGGCUGGUCAUAUAUUUUACCCAUAAAAACAGUUGAGUCAAGGAUAAAGAAGAAUAAGUCAUGGAUCUCAACUGUUAAAAGUUACUCAUAUUGUGAAGUCUGUAGAUUUUGAUAAACUAAAUAUGGCAAUAUAGAUCUAUAAAAAUCUUGGCAUUAUCAGUUUGUUGUCGAUGUGUCUAUCUCGAAAUUAUUAUAUUGAUAUAAGUAUGCAGAGUAUGCCCAUAUAGAUUUACAAUUAGUAGGAAAUUAACAAUAGGAACGAAAUUUAGAUGAGUCGUCUAAAC